UAUAUGGAUGAAUUAGAGGUUUUAUUGACUGGGAUAUUAUGCUACAUCAAUCAGAAAUCCAUCUUUAAUAGGAACACAUAUUAGUUUGAGUCUAUCUGUGUUUUAUCCGUCUUCUUGUACAGCUGAAGUAAUUCAUUGGAAUAGUACACUGUCCCUUUAAAUCAGACAUUAGAGCAAGAUACCUUAUUCAGAGCAAUGCCAUUUAUUUAUAUUUAUCCCCAAUUUGGGACGCCCAAUUCUAACUACUUAGUAGGUCCUUGUGGUGGCGCGGUUACUCGCUUCAAUCCGGGCGGUGGAGGACGAGUCUCAGUUGCCUCCACUUCAUCUGAUCACGUGACUCGUUGUGCAUGACACCGCGGAGACUCACAGCAUGUGGAGGCUCAUGCUACUCUCCAGGAUCCACACACAUCUCACCACACGCCCCACUGAGAGAACCACUAAUCACCACCACGAGGAGGUUACCCCAUGUGACUCUACCCUCCCUAGCAACCGGGCCAAUUUGGUUGCUAAGGAGACUCACAGCAUGUGGAGGCUCAUGCUACUCUCCACGAUCCACACACAACUCACCACACGCCCCAUUGAGAGCGAGAACUGCUAAUCACGACCACAAGGAGGUUACCCCAUGUGACUCUACCCUCCCUAGCAACCGGGCCAAUUUGGUUACCCCAUGUGACUCUACUCUCCCUAGCAACCAGGCCAAUUUGGUUACCCCAUGUGACUCUACUCUCCCUAGCAACCGGGCCAAUUUGGUUACUCCAUGUGACUCUACUCUCCCUAGCAACCGGGCCAAUUUGGUUACCCCAUGUGACUCUACUCUCCCUAGCAACCAGGCCAAUUUGGUUACCCCAUGUGACUCUACUCUCCCUAGCAACCGGGCCAAUUUGGUUACCCCAUGUGACUCUACUCUCCCUAGCAACCGGGCCAAUUUGGUUAUCCCAUGUGACUCUACCCUCCCUAGCAACCAGGACAAUUUGGUUACCCCAUGUGACUCUACUCUCCCUAGCAACCGGGCCAAUUUGGUUACCCCAUGUGACUCUACUCUCCCUAACAACCGGGCCAAUUUGCUUACCCCAUGUGACUCUACUCUCCCUAGCAACCGGGCCAAUUUGGUUACCCCAUGUGACUCUACUCUCCCUAGCAACCGGGAUAAUUUGGUUACCCCAUGUGACUCUACUCUCCCUAGCAACCGGGCCAAUUUGGUUACCCCAUGUGACUCUACUCUCCCUAGCAACCGGGCCAAUUUGGUUACCCCAUGUGACUCUACUCUCCCUAGCAACCGGGAUAAUUUGGUUACCCCAUGUGACUCUACUCUCCCUAGCAACCGGGACAAUUUGGUUACCCCAUGUGACUCUACUCUCCCUAGCAACCGGGCCAAUUUGGAUACCCCAUGUGACUCUACUCUCCCUAGCAACCGGGAUAAUUUGGAUACCCCAUGUGACUCUACUCUCCCUAGCAACCGGGCCAAUUUGGUUACCCCUUGUGACUCUACUCUCCCUAGCAACCGGGCCAAUUUGGUUACCCCAUGUGACUCUACUCUCCCUAGCAACCAGGACAAUUUGGUUACCCCAUGUGACUCUACUCUCCCUAGCAACCGGGACAAUUUGGUUACCCCAUGUGACUCUACCCUCCCUAGACACCAGGACAAUUUGGUUACCUCAUGUGACUCUACCCUCCCAAGCAACCGGCCCAAUUUGGUUACCCCAUGUGACUCUACCCUCCCUAGCAACCAGCCCAAUUUGGUUGCUAAGGAGACUCACAGCAUGUGGAGGCUCAUGCUACUCUCCACGAUCCACACACAACUCACCACACGCCCCAUUGAGAGCUAGAAUCACUAAUCACCACCACGAGGAGGUUACCCCAUGUGACUCUACCAUCCCUAGCAACCGGGCCAAUUUGGUUGCUAAGGAGACCUGACUGGAGUCAUGUGAUCUAAGAGAUGGCGAGAGUGGCAAGUCUAUCCCUCACAACCUCGUUUUCAUCCACGUUACAAAUAAAAAAAAAUGGUGUUACUGUGAACAAGGUCUGUUCACCGGAGACGGAGGCUGUUCCUUAAAGGGAUAGUUCACCCAAAAAUGGAAGCUGUCAAGCGCUGAAAGUGGCAGAAGAGUUCAUCAUUGAUAAGACAAAAAGCGGCUUUAGAAUACAAUGUAUUGUUUACGACCAUAUUAUUGAUCAUAAGUCAAUCAUUGGCACACAGUAAUCCAUUACACAAGUGAAUUUAUCAAUCAGAGAUUUAUUAUGAGGGCUUGUUUAAGGACACCUGCGUCAGACAUGCUUGUGUCGCGUCUCGGGUACGUUGCGUCAUAAACAUACAUUUAUAGGUCACUGUGUGAAGUUAAAUAUAGUUUAAUACUUAAAACACAUCUUGAGAUCUCUUAGUUCAGAUUUGCGCUCCAUCAAGUGUUUGAACACAAGAAUGUAACACACGUUUGUGUUGUUCUGCUGAAGUGUUUCUUCACUGUAUAAACUGCGCGUUGCUCACACAGCUGGAGUUCCACUUACUGCCCUCUGGAGUAAACAGGUGGUACUGCAAGCAUUUCUCAGGACUCUUCCUUAUUACGGUCCGCGGGCAUUGCGAUUAAUUGCGUAAAUUUUUUUAACGCGUCAUUUUUUAUAAAUUAAAUAAUUUGUUAAAUCGACAGCCCUAAUACAUAUAUAUAUAUUAGCGUAUUUUUUACAUUUCUCUGAGAGAUCAAACUGAAUUGUGUAAUGUUUAACUAAAUGUUAUUACAUUUAAAAUAUUUAGAUGUUUUAUUAAAGAUUAAUCAUUUAAAUUGUAUUUAAUUUUAUUGUGAAAUUAAAAUGCAUAAAUCUUAAAAUAAUUGAAAUGGGCGUUGAAAUGGCAAUGCGCUUCUACCCAGUGAAAAAUAAAUAUAUGUUGUUGAUAUAAACAAAUAAACUAUUAAAAUAUUGUAUUUUUUUUUUAUCUUUACUGGUAAACGU